AUGCAGACCUUUGGUGCUUUCCUCGCUGCCCUCGUGGCCACCGGCGGCCUCGCCGCUGCUCUCCCGGCCGAGUCUCAUGGCGGGUUCUCAGUCCAUGUGGCUCGCAACCCGGGGCAUACCCCCAACGGGUUUAGGGGGCUGAUGAAAACGCUCAACAAGUUCGACAAGACGAUGCCCAGCGACCAGGAGCUUGCUGCCGCGGCGUCCCGCUCCAAGGUCAAAACCGUCGAGGACAUGAAGCUGGCCAACGGCGUCCAGAAGAGAUGGACCGGACACGCCAUCAACCAGCCGCUGGCCGACGAUAUCGAAUAUAUCACCGAAGUGCACAUCGGCACGCCUGCGCAGAAGUUCCAGCUCGACUUUGACACUGGCUCGAGCGAUCUGUGGGUUUUCAGCACGGCUAUGUCCUCGGACCAGGUCAACGGCCAGACGCUGUAUAACCCAAAGAAGAGUCAGUCUGCCAAGAAACUUGAGGGCUCUACCUGGUCAAUCCAAUACGGCGACGGCAGCAGCGCCGGUGGCGAGGUCUAUACCGACAAUGUCAGCAUUGGCGGCUUGAGAAUUAAAGGCCAGGCCAUCGAGGCGGCCAGCACAGUCGCCAAGUCGUUCACCGAGAACCCAGACUCGGACGGCCUGCUCGGCUUGGCGUUUAGCUCCCUCAACACGGUGAAGCCCGACCAGCAGCUUACCUUUAUGGACACGGCAAAGGGACACAUAAAGCAGCAGCUGUUCACUGCCAACCUGAACCAUGCCGCCAACGGCACGUACAACUUCGGCUACAUUGACAAGAAGGAACACAAUGGCCCGAUCACGUAUACCCCCGUCGACAGCAGCCAGGGCUUCUGGACGUUCACCUCGCCGGGGUAUGCCAUCAACGGGGUGUACCGCGAGGAGGCCGUGACGUCCAUCGCCGACACCGGCACCACGCUCUUGUAUCUGCCAGAGGACAUCGUUGAGAACUACUGGCUCACAGUCCCGGGGGCAGUGCUAUACGUGUGGUACUGGGUGUUCCUCUUCCCUUGCGGCACCAAGCUUCCUGAUUUCUCGUACAAGGUGGAGGGAAGCAUGGUCACGGUUCCCGGUGAUUAUCUGGACUACGGCUUCAUCGGCACUAUCGAGGAUGUCCGCUAUUGCUAUGGUGGCCUGCAGAGCAGCUUUGUCCUUGGCGGCUUUAACAUCCACGGAGACAUGGGGCUCAAGUCGUCGCUGGUCGUCUUUGACCAGGGCAACAUGAGGCUGGGCUUUGCGCCGAAGCUGUGA